AUGGUGGCAAAGAGGCCAGCAGCUGCGACACCGAAGGCACAGGCGGCCAAGAAGCCAGCAUGUGCUGAUGCCAAGAAGCCAGCAGCUGCUGAGGCGCAGGAUCCCAAGCAGCACGCCGAGGACGAUGAUGACGCCUGCAGCCAAGUCGGUUCGGCCCUCAGCGUGCGCGGCAGCUUGCAGGAGAAGAUCGACAUCCUGAAGAACCACUCGGAGCUCACCGACCUUCAGAAGCUCAACAUGCUCAAGACUAAGUUGACGGAGGGUGACUGGGCGGCCUUGAACGGGCGCGUAAACAGGGCUUUAGAGAAGGACAAGGACCUGGCGACGGAGAUCGAGACGGCGUUCGACAACGGCGGCCGCAGCGAGAGGCGCAACGCGAUUUGCGCUUGGGUGCUCGACCCAACCAAGGGCAAGGUGUACAAGGAGCUCAAGCACGGCAUGGGGCAGAAACAGAAGUGGACCAAGCAGGAGAAGUGGGAGGGGCGCUCAGCAUAUGUGCCGCCCAAGUGGACAGCUGCGGAGUCCGACGCCUUGGUGGAUUCAGGCCGCAUCGUUGAGCGCGAAGUCGUUGGCUGCCCUGGCAUCUUCGAGUACCUGGGCAACGGGGGCAUGACGGUCACGAAGGAGCUCGAGAAGAACAAGGCCCUGACAGGCAAGCAGGUCGACGAUAUCGCCCCAGAGACCGACGAGGCCGAGUACUUCCAGCAGCUGAUGGGUCAGAUCAACGGCUUGGGGAGCACGGACAUCAUGGGCGGCGCGGUUUGGGGGUCAAGCAGCAAAGGUCGUGGCAGAGGGUCGGCAGCAGCAAUCGAGGACAAAUCGGAGGGCAACGCCGGCCAGGUCGAGAAAACGAGGAAGCAACAGACGGAGGAGGUGAAGAUCCAGAAGCGGGCGAAGUUCUGCGGCACGCUCAUCACCAACACCAUCAAGACGAUCGACGCGACCCUCUACAACAACGGCAAGAACGUGGCGUCGUCGAAGAAGGCGCAGCUCACGAAGAUCAAGCAGGCCUUGCAGGAGUUGUCGCAGCAGGAUCUCACGGACACGAACGUUCAGACGAGCGUGGCGGUUAAGGUGGCCACCUAA